UUCACGUGUGCUCCGUAUCUCACCCGGGCGAGUGCAGGUGACUCACAAGCAUCUACUCCAUUAUUUAUUUGACGAAAAAGUGGGGAUUGGGGACUGAUUGUCCGCGUCGUGGUUUCCCUCUGACAAGUAUCACGCUGCAUGAUUUUUUUUUUAUCGCUCAGUUUCUCUUCUUUACGAGUAAUUACCCUCAAGCUUGUGUGAACAAUAAAUAAAUAGCUAAAUGAAAAUGUUGUGCGAGAGUGACAGUAGAUUCGUGAAGUAUUAUUAACCUAUCAAUAUCCCGGAUAUAAAUCCGAAUGUGACAGGAGGUGUCUCUUCGUCGUCUGUUUCAAAAUGCCGAAAUUAAUUGAGUUUGAAGAAUGCCUACGGGAUACGCCAAAAUUUCGAUCACGCAUCGAGGAAGAAGAGAACAAUGUAGAGCAGCUAGAACAAAAAUUAGAAAAGGUGUUAAAAAAUUGCAGCAUGAUGAUCGACGCGGGAAAGAAUUAUGUCGGGCAACAGAGUUUGUUUGCAAACAGUUUGUGGGAGUUGUCAACCUACUUUGGCAAUGAUCCAGAAGUUAUGGCGUUCUUGAACAAACUUAUCCAUGCCCUACAAGAAAUGAAUAAAUUUCAUACCAUCUUGCUUGACCAAGCAUCGAGAACUGUCGUCAAGGAUCUGAAUUCUUUUAUAAAAAGUGAUAUAAAACAAGUGAAAGACUCUCGUCACCACUUUGAAAAAAUCUCGUCAGACCUCGACAUUGCUUUGAACAAGAAUUCGCAAGUACCCAAAAACCGUCCUAUUGAAUGCGAAGAAACUUCCAAUUUACUCUCUGCGACACGAUCAUGUUUCCGAUAUACUGCUUUGGAUUACGUCCACGUUCUGACUAUGCUUCAGGCCCGCAAGAGGCACGAGAUACUGGGUACUCUUUUGAACUACAUGCACGCAUGUUUCACGUAUUAUCACCAAGGAAGUGACUUGGCCCAAGAUCUAGAUCCUUUCCUCAAGGGAUUGGGUGACGGUAUACUGAAAAUGAGAGGCGAAACGGCAAAGCUUGAAAAAGAGAUGGAAAACCGACAUACUUAUGUUACAAAUCGUGAUUUGGUCCCAUCGCCAACACCAGGUAGCCCGAAAAUGGAAGGAUACUUGUUCAAAAGGACUAGCAAUGCCUUUAAAACUUGGAAUCGACGGUGGUUUUGCCUCAAAGAUCAUCAGCUAGUUUACAGGAAGCGAACUGGCGAAGAUGACUACACAAUAAUGGAAGAAGACCUGAGACUUUGUUCUGUAAAACCAGUUGUCGAUAGCGACAGGAGGAAUUGCUUCGAAGUUCUAAGCCCAACAAAGAGCCACAUAUUGCAAGCAGACAGCGAAGAAAUGUAUUUGGCUUGGGUGGCUGCCAUGCAGCAAGGUAUAGGUGCUGCGAUACAACGUGGCACAGUCAAUGGUCCGAACCAAAACACUCUCACACCUCAUACUCGGACCUCCAAAGGUCCGACAAGACCACCACCAAAACCCAAAUCAAGAGUGUGGGAGCAGUUACUGAAAAUUCCUGGUAAUGACAGUUGCUGUGAUUGCGGUGGAAUAAAUCCAAGGUGGGCGAGCAUCAACCUGGGGAUAACGCUCUGCAUUGAAUGCUCGGGUGUGCACAGAAGUCUUGGAGUGCAUCAUAGCAAAGUUAGGUCGUUGACAUUAGAUGAUUGGGAACCUGAGAUAUUGAAAGUUAUGGCAGAGCUGGGUAAUACAGUUGUAAACAAUAUUUACGAGGCUCUUCCAAUACCAGCUGACAUCGUUAAGGCAGAGCCAAAAUGCAGUGGAGCUGUUCGAGAGGCCUGGAUCAAGGCGAAGUACAUAGAACGAAGAUUCGUCAAGCCAUUGGCCUACUUAAAGUCACAAGAGUAUCGAACCAGCCGUGAAAUGAUGCCGUUCCAGAAGUGGAGUGUCAGAAAAUUGCGGCGCAGGCCACGAAGCCGUGACAAAACCGAUGGCCAACGACAUGCCAAAGAGAUGACGCUGUUGUCAGUGGAAGAAAAGCACCAUUCAACCAGCUCAGAGGACGGCGAGGUAACUUCCAUAGAGAACGCAAGCGAUGUGGGAAGAUGCCGUAAAGUGGCAGAUCGAAAUUCCUUAAGUUCAGAAGACAGUCCCAAUUUAGACUACAGAAAUCAGUCAACGUUGUACGGAAAAAUUUUAUCCAAAUCCAAAUCCAAUUUAGAGUUAAAAGAACUUGAAGAAAGGAGCGACGAAAAUGAUUUUAAAAUAGGUGGAGGAGAAGAGACAGAGUCGAAUAGUCUUAGCAUUUCUGGCGCUGACUGCAACCUGAAGAGUACCUUAUCUGACAAAAGUUCAAAUUCGUCAACUUCGGAUGUGGUAAAUGAGAUUCGCGAAGGCAAGGAAGAAGCUAGUGACGUUUUAAUGUUUGGAUGCGACUUACCCAAGCCCACAAUUGAGGGCUGCUUAGAACUAAGCUCUGACCAGGACUCAACCGCCGGUGAGGACGAAGAAUUUGCGGACGAAGAAGACAUUGAGAAUCUUCACCCAGAAAUGCUGCUCUACAAAGCCGCUACUGCUCAUAAUCUUCCUGUAAUGAGCGCUGCUUUAGCAUCUGGCGCGGAUAAAUUGUGGACUAACGUUAAUGACAAGGGACGAAGCGCCUUACAUCAAGCAAUUAUUAGUGGCUCGGUCAUGUCUUGCGAAUAUUUAUUACUUAACGGCGUUAGAAUAAACUGUCAAGAUGCUGAGGGAAAGACGCCGUUACAUUUAGCUACUGAGUUAGGUCACACGGCGCAAGUUUGCUUGCUGUUAAAACAUCGGGCGAAUCAACAUAUCCAAGACGGAAGUGGCGUGGAGCCGCUCUCGAUUGCUGUAAAAGAAGCUAAUGCCGACAUUGUCACGUUAUUACGGCUGGGUCGGUUAAACGAGGAGAUGAAGGAUUCUGACACAGGAGUGACGGGCGACGAAACGUUCAACGACGUUGUGCGAGAUUUCAGUCAGCUCGCUUGCUCUCAUCCGGAACGGCUUCAGCGCCGUAACGAUAAUAGCAACUGGCCAAGCGCUUUGGAUUGAUCGUCAGACUAGUACAAAAAUGGCCCCUUAUGUGUUUACCCUAAUU